CACGAGCAAAGCUCAUCGCGCCAAUAGUAGUUGUACUGAUGGCAGUUCAGCUCCUCAUGGCAACGGUAGCCGCUGGUCCAGUAGCCUUGCCCGGCUGCCCGGAGGCCUGCGGCAACGUCACCGUCCCCUACCCUUUCGGCUUCCGACCAGGUUGCUUCCAGAGGAACUUCAACCUCACCUGCGACGAGACACACCACCCUCCGAGGCUGUUUCUUGGCGACGGCGUGGAAGUGGACUCCAUAUCCCUCUCAGAAGGCACGGUGCGUGUCCAGAGAAGCAUUUUGAGGUCUUACGAAAACAUGACGCGGCCGCAAUCUCUCGGCUUUGGCGCCGCCUGGCCCGCCGCCGCCUGGCCCGGUCAGAAUACCGGAGUGCGGCUGGCGGUGUCAACUGAGCACAACGUCUUCGUGGUCACCGGGUGCAGCCUCGUCGCCUACCUCAUCGCCCAAGAAACAGUUACGAGCAAUGGAGACGGGGCUAAUGUCGGCGCAUGCGCUGCGCUCUGUAACUUCGGGAUUCCGGAUCCAGGUCACACCUCGUGCUCGGGCAUCGGCUGCUGCCGGACGACCAUCUCGCAGAGUCUGGCUGCGUACGGUGUGCAGUUCAAUCGGCUGGGCGGCACUCCGUUCGGGGCUGCGUUCAUGGUCGAUCGCGGGUGGUUCACCGGGACCAACAUCGCAGCCGUACAAAGUGCCACAUAUCAGGAUUUGGGUAACUAUGCCAACGUGACCAGCGUACCCACGGUGCUGGAAUGGUGGCUGGAUGUGGAAGCCGAUCGUGACCUGCUCGUGAGGGAUCUCGGUUCUGAGUCUGGUUGGAGAUGCAUAAGCUUGAACAGCGUCGCUCUCAACGUUAGCAACAAUUACGGUGCAGUAAGUUGCAACUGCUCGAAUGGAUACGAAGGCAACCCUCACAUCGUUAAUGGAUGCCAAGAUAUCGACGAGUGCCUACAGCCUGAUGUGUGCCAGAACGGAACCUGCACCAAUAUGCCAGGGACAUACCAAUGUUCAGUGAAAAAAAGUGCCAGCCGCCUCCCAGGUUUGAUUACCAUAAUUGCAAUUAGUGCUGGUUUUGGCAUAGUGUUUUCUCUUCUGGGUAUUUCCAAAAUCACCAAUAAAUUUAAGCAAAGAAGGGCCAAGAAUUUGAGACGAAAGUUCUUCAAGAAAAAUCAUGGAUUGCUUCUGCAACAGCUAAUCUCUUCAAACCAAGAUAUAGCAGAAAGAAUGAGGAUUUUCAGUUUGGAAGAGCUGGACCAAGCAACCAACAAAUUUGACCAUAAUCGCAUCCUUGGUGGCGGUGGCCAUGGAACAGUGUACAAAGGCAUCUUAUCUGAUCAGCGUAUUGUUGCCAUCAAGAAGGCCAAAAUUGUCGUUCAAAGGGAAAUCGACCAGUUUAUCAACGAGGUUGUCAUACUUUCACAGACAAACCAUAGGAAUGUGGUGAAGCUCUUUGGCUGCUGCCUAGAGACAGAGGUUCCUCUACUUGUUUACGAGUUCAUAUCAAACAGAACCCUCUCAUUUCAUCUCCAUGGGCAAAGUGAGAACCCGUUAUCAUGGAAAGAUAGGUUGAGGAUUGCACUGGAAACUGCAAGGGCCAUUGCAUAUCUACACUCUGCUGCUUCAAUAUCAGUAUACCACAGAGAUAUCAAAUGUGCAAAUAUACUACUUACUGAUACUUUAACAUCAAAAGUAUCAGAUUUUGGAGCUUCAAGGUCAAUUGCAAUAGACGAGACAGGAAUACUUACAGCUGUUCAAGGAACCCAUGGUUACCUUGAUCCUGAAUACUACUACACUAGUCGACUCACGGAGAAAAGCGAUGUUUACAGCUUUGGUGUCAUCCUAGCAGAGUUACUGACAAGGGUAACACCAGUUUUUCGUUCCCAUUCAUCAGAAGUCACAAGCCUAGCAUCGCAUUUUGUGUCUCUUAUAAGGGACAAUCGAUUAAUAGAUAUUCUGGAUACACAAAUUGUUGAGGAGGGAGGGGCUGAAGAUGCUGAAGUGGUUGCAAGACUGGCAGAAGCAUGCUUAAGUUUAAAAGGUGAAGAAAGGCCUACAAUGAGACAAGUGGAGACCACACUUGAGGAUGUUCAGAACUCAAUAGUCAAUCUUAGUUCUCAGAUCACAAGAGUGAACUGGAAUGCUAUAAAUGAUCAGUCAUACAAGGAAAACAAAGGCGGAGAAGGAACCAGACUGUACAGCUUGGAAAAAGAGUUCAUCCAAUCAUCUGAAAUUCCAAGAUGAUUUUACUUACAUUGUGAAGUGUUAUUCCUAUUAUUAGUUUGGGCGCCAAUUUGGAACUCUGAAUUGUAACCAUGUAUGUAGUUCAUACA